AUGCCAUUAUGUAAGAUAUCAAGAAGUCAAGAAAUCUGCCUAGAACAUUGGUUGCUGAAGAUGCACUCUAGGACCUUUGCUCCACUAGGAGCUAAAAGGGAAUAAUUCAAGUCUGUAUGUAAUUAUGUCUUUUCUUUUGGUGUCCAGAUCUGCCAUCCAAAACGGCCACAGGGACAAUAGCCAUCCAGGUGGAGGACUUUAACGACCACUGUCCCAUACUGACAGCUACGACUACGACCAUGUGUCUGGGGGACACUGCUGUGUAUGUCACGGCUGUGGACGGGGACACCUUCCCCAACGGAGCUCCCUUCAAGUUCAGAGUGAUUCAGGAGGACAGCAAACAGAAGUGGAAAGUGGAGCACCUCAAUGGUAACAGAACUGGUCUGGGACUUUGGGGUUUAGGAAGCAGAUAGACAGUAUGACAAGCUUCACCAAGGGGCUGUUUUGGCAUUAUUUUAUUGAGCCUGAUAGAAAGCUUUAGAAAGAGCAGUCUUAAACUGAACUGAAACGAUAUCUUGUGGUGUGUUUGAAUGGAAUUGAUUGAUAGAUUUGAUUUCUAGAUUUGUACAGUUCAUGUUUGUUUUGUCUCUCUCAUAUUUAUUUUAGCUACCACUGCCAUUUUACGAGACCAUGCCCACCUGUGGCCAGGUCACUACAAGGUUGCUGUGGAGAUCAGUGACCAGCAGGGGAAGGCCUGUGGUGACGUCCAGAUUCUGACCAUGGUUGUGUGCACCUGUGAUCAAGUCAAUAAGGUCUGCUUCGCCCAGGUGACGGGUAAGGAUGUCACGUUAGGAGCAUCUGCCAUCCUGCUGCUCCUUCUGGGCCUCCUGCUGUUGCUG